AUGGAGUCCGCUGCCGCCAUGACCUCGCCACAAGGGGAGGAUGUCAAUGCCGUCGACACCAUGACCAUUGAAGCUGCUACUCCCGUUGGCAACAAUGAACGACCCCGUCGCAUCGCUAAGAAGCGUAAGUUGGCUGAGGUGGACGACAACGACCAAGAUGCCGACAACAACCAUGAUGCCGACAGCGACACCAUGGCCAUCGAAGCAGCUGCUCCCGUUAGCAACGAUGGACGACCGCGUCGCGCCUCCAGGAAGCGUAAGCUGGUUGAGCUGGCUGUGAAGCUUGUUUGCGCCUUCGCUGCCUCUGACUCAAGCAAAAAGACCAACAUGAAGGGUGUCAGAGCCCUUUACUCACUCUCCACUCCGGACAAUUUGCCUUCCGUGAAUGUUCUUUCCAAGCAAUACCGCACUAUCAAGGAGCGAUUUACGGGACUCAAAGACUAUUUCGACGGCACGAAGAGCUUGGAAGACCUUGUGAAGACUGUGGAGACAGCAGACGAGGAGAAGAGAAAACAGCUUGAGGCCACCAAGAAAGAGCUGUUGAAUGAGAAUCUGGAUCUCAAGAAGCAGAUUGAGGAGCUCACAAAGCAGCUUGCAGAGACCAAGGAUCGUGUCAAUGGCGACGAAGACAAUGAGAAGGCCGGUGUUGAGGAGACAUGA